AUGGAUUACACAACUGAUGACUUAGAAAAAGCAGUCACUAUGUUCUAUAGAACUGAAGCACAUCAACAGGCAGAAGCUCAUCAGUGGUUAACUGAAGCACAGAGAUCUCCACAAGCUUGGAGAUUUGUUUGGGAGCUUCUUGAUCCCAAUAAGAGUUCUGAAGUUCAAUUCUUUGCUGCCACAACAUUGCACACAAAGUUGAUGAAAUAUUGGAAUGAAGUACCUGAGGACCAUUAUGAACUAUUGAAGAAGCGUAUUUUGGACUCUAUAAUUACUUAUGCAAUGGGCCCAAAAAUUGUUUUGAACAGGUUGUGCAUAACUCUUUCUGCUUUUGUCAUCCAUACUAUUCCAACCCAUUGGCCAAAAGCAUUUGAAGAGUUGGUAUCGAGCUUCCAACCUCAGUAUUUGCCUAAUGUUGAGCCUGAGAGAGUGAUAUGGAUUCUUCUAGAAAUUUUAACUGUGAUACCUGAAGAAUUUCAAAGCACUACUUUAGCUUUGAGCCAGAGAAACAGAGUGCGACUGGUUCUUCAACAAGUCUCCAAGGAUAUUUUGAAGGUAGUGGAGAUGUGUUUGUUGCCCUUACCGGAAGCAGGGUUUGAUAUGUCUAAUUUGACGACCUAUCUGAACGCUUCAAGAUGUGCAUCUGCUUGGAUCCAGCUAGGCGGUUUGAAUAUUGAUGAAUGUACGACUGUUAUCAAUUUAUUGAUUGAGUUGACUUGUUUUGUUUAUUGGAAUAAAAGGGACCCAGAAGGAUUGUCAUGCGAUGAAAUGGAUGCUAUUGAAACCACCGUGGAAGCAUUGACAUCUAUUAUCCAGCAUCCACAUACUCACAAAUACAAAAACCAUGUAUUGAAAUAUACUGCACAAAUUUUAUAUAGUUUUGAUAAAAUUUUAGACAUUGAGAGGAAUCAGCAGGACAUGAACAAGGAUAUAAUUGCCACCUUAUACGGAUUGAUAAUAGCAAUUGGAGACUCUCACUCGAGAAUAUUCAUUGACAAUUUGAAUUCAGGAAAUGAAGGAGAAGAAAGAAUCAGCUUCACGUUGCUGAACUCGAUACUAAAAUGUUCUAGUCUGCCUGGGCUGUAUCCUAUCGACGAAUCAAGUAGCACACUGACUUUUGGCUUCUGGUACACACUGCAGGAUGAUAUCAUAUCUUUAGAUUCCUCCGAGUGCACACAGCUCAUGCUCACGAUAAAGCCGUACUAUAGAGAUCUCGUCUGUAUAAUGCUGACAAAGUCUAUGUUCCCGUCAGUCGAUGACAAUAGUUGGUCGCUGGACGACAAAGAAGUGUUCCGAUGUUAUCGCCAAGACAUUGCAGAUACUUUCAUGUAUUGUUAUGCCGUACUGAAUCUGGAAAUGUUGGAUAUUCUGAACACAAAGCUCAACGAAUCUCUUGAAGAGGCCGUAACAAGCGAGAGGAAUGGACCCAUUCAAUGGAAUCGUGUUGAGACUGUCUUGCAUGCUUUUGGGGCCGUCGCAGAAAGCAUCGAGUAUGAAAAUCUUUAUCUGCCUAAAUUGAUGAACACAAUUAAAGAUAUUCCGUUCAAUAAUGUACACGUGAGAGUUAUGGCGACAGCACUCGAAACAGUAGGUGCGUAUUCUGAAUGGCUCAUGGACCAUCCUUAUUUAUUGGAAAAUGUGUUUCCCUUGAUACUAUCUGGUUUAGCCAAUCCCGAGGUGUCGACCAGUGCAACAAUGGCAUUAAAAGAUAUAACCCACAAUUGUCAGAAGUAUUUGACACCGUUUGCCGAUCAUAUUUUAAUAACAUCUCAGAGUGUACUUCAGAAUGGAAUAUUGAAAUUAGCCGAAUGUCGAAGACUGAUGUAUAGUAUAGGUCGAGUGUUGAGUACGUUACCAGUAGAAAGAAUCAUGGGAUAUUUAAAUAUGAUAUUAGCACCGACGUUCGAUGAUUUGCAAAAAAUUGUUAGCGCUGAAACAUCUUCUAGUACGACAAGUUCACUGGAGACGAAACUGAAAAUUUUAGCUGCUCUAUUUAGUUCUCUGCAUGUAGAAGACCAAGAAAAAGUCGAUCAACCCAUUCUCGUUGUUAUGCAGAAUGUUAUGCCCCUGUUCAGAAGUAUUGGAGAAAAAUAUUGUCAGAAUCAAGAAGUAAUAGAAGAAUUGAGUGUGGUGAUUAAAUAUGGAGUGACAACUUUGAAAGAUGAUUGCAAACCUCUCAUCAGUAAUGUAUUGCAAUUACUAGUUACCAUUUAUAGAGAAUGUCCUCAAGCCAAUAUUUUGAUAGUGGCAAAAACAGUUUUGAUAAUGUUUGGCAGAGACGACGAAUUCUUAACGUUGAAUCAAGAAUUACUACGAGAAAUAGUUGGUACGACUCUUCAAAUGUGUACUCAAUAUGGUAGUUGCAGUGAAUUGUCAUCAAAAUCAGAUGUUUUGGAAGGAUUUUUCUCAUUGCUUGCUACGCUAGCAAAAAAGGUGCCACAUAUCAUUUCUGGAAGUGGUAUAGAUGUUUCUGCUAUAUUUCAAUGUGCUAUUUUGUGCCUAGUGCUACCAGAAAUUCAAACAUUGAAAGCAGUUUCUAGCUUCUUGGUGCAUUUCAUAUCUCAGAGUAGAGAUACAUCUCAGGCUGAAGUAGUACAAUCAUAUGGAGAAAGUCUGGUUCUGAGGAUACUCAUGAAUUUAGGAAGUACAGCUCCGAGGUCUUCUGUAGAUGUUUUUAGUGAUAUAUUUUUAGCAUUAAAUAAAAAGUACUGUGAUAGUUUAAGUAGAUGGUUGAACUCCUUACUGGUACAAGAAGGGUUUCCAUCGCCCAGAAUAAGUAGCCAGCAGAAAGACGCUUUCGUGAAAUCAGUUUUGAAGGAAAAAGCCAACAAGAGAAAACUGUGUGAUACUGUUUUAGAAUUCACUUUGAUUUGCCGAGGUAUUUUGAAACCAGAGUCAAAUUAG